AUGGCACCAAGAUUUUUGCGCAAUCUCAUCCCGCGUCGAGAGAAGCGUGCCCCUCCUGGCGCCGUACUUGCUGCGCUCAAAAAUCUCACCUGGGUGCAGUGGGCUCAAUUCUGGUCUGGCUGGCUCGCCUGGACAUGCGACGCCAUUGAUUUCUUCGCAGUAUCCCUCACGGUGAAACUCUUAUCAGCACAAUUUGGAAGGUCAACCAGUGCGAUCACGACCGCCAUCACGUUAACGCUCUUAUUCCGAUCGGUCGGCGCUAUCUUAUUUGGCAUCUUAUCUGACCGGUUUGGCCGCAAGUGGCCAUUGAUUAUCAAUCUCCUUCUCUGCUGUGUUCUUGAGCUCGGAACUGCCUUUGUCAACACGUACACACAAUUCCUCGCCGUUCGUUCCCUAUUCGGAAUUGCUAUGGGUGGAAUAUGGGGACUUUCGUCAGCCUCAGCCCUUGAGAACUUGCCCGUUGAGCUUCGUGGGAUUGCAAGUGGAGUGUUGCAAGAAGGAUAUGCCGUUGGGUACCUCAUUGCAGCCGUCAUCAACCUGACCUUGGUAGCCGAACACACCUGGCGGGUGCUUUUCUGGACCGGAUCAGGCAUCACUUUCUUUGCCGCCUGUAUCCGUGUUCUUGUUCCUGAGAGCGCGUUCUUCCUGCGUGCCAAGGAACUAGAGAAGGCGAAAGGGACCAAUACCUCGCAGAAAACCAAGAUUUUCUUCAGGGAAACGAAGGAGAUGUUGAAGCGUCACUGGCUCUUAUGCAUUUACGCAGUGCUCUUAAUGACAGGAUUCAAUUUCAUGUCUCACGGUUCACAAGAUCUGUAUCCCACGUAUCUCGAGACCACCAAGGGUUUCAGUACCCACGAUGCGACUAUCGCGACCAUUAUUGGCAACUGCGGUGCUAUUGCCGGCGGUGUUAUUGCUGGAUGGGUGAGUCAGUACAUUGGACGCCGCCUGACGAUUGUCAUUUUUGUGCUUCUCGUCGGAGCGUUCAUUCCAUUAUGGGUUUUACCCUCCUCAUUCUCUGGCCUCUCUGCUGGAGCAUUCUGGAUUCAGGUCGGUGUUCAGGGCGCUUGGGGUGUCAUCCCGAUCCAACUGGCGGAGAUGUCCCCACCGGCAUUCAGAGCAACAUUCCCUGGUGUUGCUUACCAGCUUGGCAACAUGGUAUCGUCAGCAUCAGCACAGAUUGAAGCCACUGGCGGUAACAACUUGAAGACCACCAUCAUGCAGAAUGGAGUCCUUACUGUAGUCCCAGAUUAUGCAACGGUACAAGCCAUCUUCAUUGGUGUCGUUGCUGCAUUCGUGGUCGUCAUCACGAUCAUUGGGCCAGAAAACCACGGUUCACAUUUCGAGAACCACAAGACUGCUUUUGAAGAAGGAGGCGGAAGCGAUGACGCUGUCCCAGAUGACCCAUCACGAACGUCGUUUCAUGAGGUCGACGAGAAGAGCAGCGCUUAGGUCGCUCACUGAGCGCCUCUUAUGUAGUAGUACGAAUAUGAUCGCAUUACCUACCUACCACAGCAUGACAACAAUGUGUCAUUUUUAAUGAACGAUUUUUUCCUCCGAGUUGAUAGUAGCGCGGCCAUUAGCGUUGUUGGUAGGUCGCGUGUUAUACCUCAAUUGUGAAUGAAUGAAUGAAUACCAUUUACGGGGGUCGUAGCG